UGGUGCGCUUCUCCAACGGCAACUCCUCGUCAUCGAACAUUGAAACCCACCACUUGAUACCGGGAUUGGCAUCCACUCCGAUCGGCACAAUGGGCUGGUUCGACGGCUGGUUCGGCUCCGACAACAGCGGCGGUUCCGAUCCGCUGCGGCGGCUAGACCCUAAGCUGCGGGAGUUCCUCGAAAAAGAGUCGCCCGUCAAGUACAACAACAAUCCCCCCUCCCAACCCCAGCAACAGUCCCAGCCAUCAUCACCACCACCACCAUCCGACCAAAAGCCCACCACCACCACCACCCCGACCGGCGCCCCACAACCGCCCCCCGAGUCCCUCUACCCGGACGGCCGGUACGCCCACCUCUGGAAGACCUACAAGCCCCUCGCGGCCGUCGAGGCCGAGACCAAGUCGGACAACGAGAAGCUGUCGGACGUGCUGGACGCCUUCAAGGAGCGCAAGGGCCUGAUCGGGCGGGCGGCGCUGGAGAACUGCGCCGAGGAGCAGGUCGACUGGUCGGCGUGCAUGAAGUCGGGCACCUGGACGGCGCGCAUGACCAUGUGCCGCGACGAGGUGCGCAGGUUCGAGCGCUGCUACAACGCCCAGAGCCGCCUGCUCAAGGCCCUGGGCUACAUGAGUGCCUACGGCCGCGACCCGCAGGUGGACGAGGAUAUCCAGAUGCGCGCGGAUGAGUUGUACCACCGGAUGCUGGCGCAGGAGAGGGAGGUGGAGAGGGCCAAGGAGGAGGGGCGGGAGGUGCCCGCCUUUAAGACGCUCUUUGAGGAUGCGCCGGCGACUCCAGCUGCUCGGGCGGACGCCGCAGCGAACGGGAGUGAUGUGCCCGAGCCGAGCGCGGCGGUUGUGGCUUCCUGGAAGACUACGCUGGAAAAGCUGCCGCCUGAGGAGCGCGAGGCCGAGGAGAAGGCGCUUAGGGCAGACCACAGGGCCAAAGCGGAAAUGGCGAUGAAGGUGCAGGGUUUGUGGCAAGAACAGGCCAAGGAGAGGGAAAAGCGCAAGGCAGAGGGGAAGGAGACGUUCAUGGACAGGUUUUCGGCUUUGGCUGGGUCGUGGUCGGGCCCGAAGUCAACGUGAUCAGAUUGGGAAACGUGUGUACGAAUAUUCGCUGUAUAAACUACCUAGUCAUCAUGUGUCGAACACCACCAAGUCAUCAGACAG